UAUCAUAGUAAGACCGUCUUACUAUGAUAAUGGUAGAUAUAAUAUGAUCUUAAAUUAAUAUAUUAGAUGUAUUACCCAUCAGCAUGUUCUUAAUACGGCCUUCAUGACAUAUUGCUAAAACAUAGUGAUGAUGAUUGUAACACCCGGCUCCCCCAUUUCUAACAUGGGUUCCCGAGCACGGGGUUAAGAAUACACAUGUCUUCAUAUUCAACAUUUCCUUGUGUCCCAUUAUUGCUCUCAAGAACUCAAGAUGCAUUUUCUUCAGUACAAUCAACACUUCUACUUACGGUUCUGCGAAAGGGAAAAUAAAAGCGAGUAAAGAAUACUCAGUGAAGCGAUUCUAGACCAGUCUACCACAUAAGGCUCAAUACGAAACGAAAACCGAUUAGUCACUACACUCAAUUUAAUUCAACUUACAUAUCUAGCUGCAACAUUUUCAUUUCACGUAAUCAAGCAUUGCAUGGUCUUUGUCAUCACUCAGUUCACAUAAUUCGAUUUAAGACUUCAAUCAUCCUAGAACUCUAGGACCUACACAGCUAGAGAGGUCCAUACCACCCCUUUCUUGUUGCAUCCCUAUGGAGCUGCCUGCCCUGAUAUGCUCAACAUUCGGUUUCUUGGAUGCGGUCCGCCCCUGCAGUGUAUUACGAUUCUUUCCUGCCAAGACUCGGUGUGACUCAAUCUUAACGGCGCCUCUAACUUAAUCCACCAUUUUUGAACGGUACGGUCCUGCGUUUCCUGUCUACCUACCCUUUUCGGAUGGUUUACAUUUCAUUCAUUCAUUCAUCUUUCCAUUUCCUUCUUUCUUUCCUUUUUCCUUUCAUUUCGUUUUUCCUCUUUCCUUAGACUCAUUCAUUCUUUCCUUUUUUGAGACACCCAUUCUCGAUGUCACACUCAAUUCAUUAAACAACCAUUCACAUAGGUCUUAUCAUUCAUAUGACCGGACAUAUAACCAGACUGGUUAACAAUAUUUUAUGAUCCUGGGUGUAAUUCUUUCUAUACAUCCUAGCUUUAACAAACACACAAGUCAAACAAUCAGAUCAGAGAAUCACAUCACACAACCACAUCAUCGCAAGGCAGUCCAUUGAAGUCGUUAACAGUGUGAGCGUUCUUAUGCAAUAUGUAUUGUUCAGCUAUCAUCCUAGAAUUUCAUCAUGAUCUAAUCAACCUAACAUCAAUCAGGAUCUAAUCAACCGUAGCUUCUCAUUCAACAAUAUAAAAGAGCAUGAGAAGAGAUCUGGAUCCGGAUCUGGAAACAAUAUAUAAGAGAUGUGAUCCGGGAACAACAUCACCACACAGCCAUCCCCACCACUUGCGCUUGCUCACGGCGAGGAGAGAGAGAGUCGGCCGGGAGAGAAAGCGAUCGCGGGGAGAGAGAGAAGAGAGAGAGAGUCAAUGGCUAGGGCUUCCUGGUUUCGAGGUUUCUCUGCAGAGCUUUGAUUCUAGGUUUCUGAUGAGAGAUAAGAGGAUGGAAGUUUGCUUUUAUAAGAAGAAGAGAAUGAAAGUCUUAGGAUUUUUUUAAUGGUCUAUAGAAAACUCACUUUUCUUUAAAAAUUUAAAUGGACCGGUUUUGGGUGUUACCAUGAUGAUCGAUCGACCAUAAUAGUACUUUUUUUAGUUCUUAUAUAUAUAUGGUUAAUUUGUUUUAGAAGUUUCAACUCAAAAGCCGACCACUUGGCUCGCUUUGUUAGAAUUUAGAGCCGCUCUACUAUGUUCUAUUAUGUUGGUGUUUUUAUUCAUAUAUGUCAUACUUUUUUUUUGUCAACUUAUUACUUGACCACAAUGGGAGGCGUAGGUCGAACCCGAGAUGCCUGGGAGAUUGACGUGGUACGCAGACCACCUGUCCUAGAAGCUCCCGGCGUAUGGCACACUAGCUCUUGUUAAAAUACGAUUGAUGUUUAAGAAAAAAGUGAAUCAGUUGGAAAUAUGUUAAAAAAAAAUUUAAAAAAAUGUUCAAAAAAUCUUAUUGUUUGAUAAAUCGAGCUCUUUAGUUCAACAAAUUCAAAACAAUAGAAGGACCGACAGAUCUCUAACUCUAAAUAGUGACGUUGUAGAACUACAUGUUUAAAAUGUUGAAAUCUACUAGCUAAUAAUGGUUGAACAAAAUACAAAUCAAUAAUCAUUAUUUAUAUUAAUACUUAGGAAGGACAUGGACAAAUUUGAGUUCGGUUUGAAAGGCCAAGCCGACAAUAUAUAACACUAAAAGUAAAAUUUUGAUCUCCAAUCAUUAUAAAUUUGACAAAAGUUGAAAUUAUCAAAAUUGGUCAAUUAUUGUGAACUUCGAGUACUCGAGUAUGAGUAAACCAAUCUAAACUGUAUAGAAUUUCAACCCCCACAAACCAUAUCAGAUGAAACAUGCAUCCACUUAGAAUAAGAAUAACUAUAAAGUAGUGACAACUACAACUUCACAUUGUCUACCACUACCACCAAUCAAAGGUGAUAUAGAAGUGCAUGUUACUUUUCUACUAUUUAGGAAAAUUAAAUAGCUCCACCACUUGAAUCUGAUUGCAAGUAAAAGAUAAAUUAGUGGGAGAGUUUAUGCAAACUCACACAAUAUCCAUCUUCGCAUGAUCACGUGUAAAGAAAUCACAAAAAUAUAAAAACGAUGUGCUGACUAUAUAUGUUCACCAUUCUAGUUCCACGUAGAGAGCGAUAAUGGAUUUAGCGGAUAUGUAAUUGGUACAAUAUUUUUUUCCAAUUUUUCUCUAUAUGUUUAACCAAUCAAACAAAUAUUUAUUUAUCAAUUCAAUACAAGAUUUUGUUUCAUAAAUUUACGUAUGAAAUAGAAGAAGCUCGUUUGGUCCAGUGGUUUGACUAAGGAUUCAUUAAUGUUUCUACACUAUGAAAUUUGAGUUUUAGUCCCUACAAAGGACGGGAUUAUACGAAUUAAUGGAAAAAGAUUUACAAGAGAUCUGCAGCAUAGCGCAAGAAGUACAGUUAGAGUGGAUCUCAUAGGACGGCUCAAAUAAUGCAGUCAGGUAUGAAUCCCAUAAAACAGAUAGAAUUGUCGGCUGUAGAAUCGUGUAAAAUAUUUCUCAUAGUUUGUAAUAGCAUAAUUAUCCAUCAAUUAAAAAAAUUUACAUACGAAACAUAGAGUAUCUUUUUUUGUAGUUUUGCGAGAGUUUAAGUUUCAAUGGACAUAAUUUACAUUGAUCAUUUAUUUUGUAGAGUAUAAAAUUCAGGUGAUUAACGAAUUUAAUAAAUACUACGGAAUUAUAGUGCUUAGUUUAACAACUUGCAUUAAUUUUUAGUUCAUUCUCUUAGAUAAAUCACUUUGCUCCAAUUGUUUCUUUUGAUUGCUUUAUCGUUUUGUGAUUUCUUUAUUGCUUACACACUAGUUUACUUCGUUUCUUCCUGCUUGCUUAAUCGCACCUACUUUCUUUCCUUUCAAUAUUUUACUAGUUGAAGAUAUCCACAAAAAUCCCGAAGUACUUACUAUUGGGCCAGCUUAUAUUACAUGGGCCUAAUUGGUGCCAGUUAACCUGAGUUUUAUUAUGUCUAGUAUCGACGACUUCUACUAUGAAUUUAGAUAACCCAAUGUUCUCCAUGAGGAGCAAACCUUAUUUUGAUAAUUAGAAAGCAUAUAGAAUAUGACUUUAGAUAAGAUCACCAUGGUGUCCCAAAGAUCUAGUUUUAAAGUACUUAGUAUAGUUUUUGGAAAUAAGCGGUAUAUGGUAUUGUCUUUAUAAAUUCGCCACUUUGUGUUUUGAAAAAGUGUUAACAACACAUUUUCCACUAAUACGACUGAGAGCCUAUAUGAUAAGUGUACCAAAUAAUUUAUAUGUUGCAAAAUGAUGAGGAUAAUGAAAUGGAGGCAUGAUCCUGACAUGUUCUCUAACAUGGCUUGAUGUGAAUCAAACAUCCAAUAUCUACAAAGAUGCAUGCGUGUUUGGUAUCGUUACAGAGAAUCCUUAGUGUAUAGAAACAUUCCCCUCAUGCCACAAUGUGAACUUAAACCACUUCGCUCUCUCUAACAGAAAUCCAUUAUUUAUAUUAAUCAAAAUGUAUUAUUCAACAUGGUCACACUAUCAAGAGAAGACUAAGACUACACAUAAAUCAUAACUUACAAAAAGACAAAACCUUUUUUCAUAAAAACAGCUAUUCUUGUUCGAAUCAUGUCGGAUGUAACUUUAUACUUUAGAUAUAAGCUGUCCUUAGCACAUUAAAUUAAUGAAAACACAAGGAUCUUUUUCCACGCACAUGCAAUUAUAUAUUUAUAUAUAUGGUCCACUACACAAGCAAAUGCUACGACUCGACAAAACAAAAAUUCUCACAAACACUCUCUCUCUCAUUCGAAACUAGGGUUCUUGAGUUGUCCAUGGAGAGAGAAGAAUGCAGCAGUAGCGAAUCCGGCUGGACUACGUAUAUUUCUUCACCUAUGGAGGAUGACGAGCAAGAGGAAACUGAUGAGGUGUACUAUGAAGGGCAUAUCACCGGAAACGAUCAAAGAAAGCAUGUCAACGAGUACGAAAACAACAAAGACAGCGACGAUUCAAUGGCUUCCGAUGCUUCUUCCGGGCCAAGUUAUCCCCAAACGAGCAAUAGAGGGAGAAGCAGAGAAUGUAUUGUUUUAAGGAAUGGGAAAAGUGAAAGUAAGAGUAAGAGUAAGAGUAAGAGUAAUGAGGAUUAUGACCAUAAACAUAAUGCUAAGAAUAGUGGCAAUUAUAAAUGUAGGAUAAAAGAGAAGAAAAAGAGUGAAAGUAAAAGUAAGUCUUUUAAAAAGAAGUAAGUUCUAUCUUGAAGUUGUUUGUAUGUAGAUUGGAUUGUUAAUUUCCAUUUUUAUGUUGGGGUUUUUUGAUGCCUCAGGCAAAGGGUGUGUGAUGAUUUUUAUCUGUUUCUUUCCUUUUCAACAUGAAAUUUGAUAUUUGUAUUCUCUUUUGUCGUCCUUGUAUUAUCAUUCUUAUUUCUUACCUUUACUAAUAA